GCGUCUGCUUUACCUUAACUUUCGUAUGGAUGGAAUUGGAUGGUUGUGUUGGGUUGGCCGUGCAAGUUUGAUGCCUGAGAGAGAAGUUUGGCUGUAAAUGGUUGUGUGUGAUGAACUCUAGAGUCAGUUUUUGUAAUUAGAAGGUGUGAAAAGUGUGGAAUUGAGAGUGUGUGUGUGUUUUCUUUCCGAGUGAAGCAAUCGGCUCCUUCUUCCUCUUCCUGGUCCCAGUUGUGUACAGCUCGAGUCGGCGUCGAUGGAAACGAUAGCAUUCAUUCCCUGUUUGCGAUGAUUAUUUGUCCGUACGAUUGAGUUGUUAUAAAAGUCGUGAGUAUCUCGUCGGUUAAUUUAUUCGCCUGAAAAUGAGCUGCAGCUACAUUCAAGUUGCUGAGGAUGAGACUGAGGAGCCCAUAGAACUCCCAACUGAGGAUGACAGUGCGCUGUUACUCAGCACAUUGGCUGCCCAAUUUCCAGGUGUUUCGGGGCUAAAGUACAGAGCUCCAGAAUCUCGCUCAAUGAGAGGAGUCAGGCUUCUAGAGGGAAGGUUUCAGCCACCGGAGGAUGGUUGGGGGAACCACAUCUACAUCUGUGUUUUCCCUAAAGAAAACAAACGAAAGUCAGAUGACCAUCCUGAAAACUCUACAGCCAAAACUAAACGGAUGGAAAUGAGGCUCAAGUGUUCUGACCUCAUUGUGCUUGGAUUACCUUGGAAAACAUCUGAGCAAGACUUGAGAGUAUAUUUUGAAAACUUUGGUGAACUUUUGAUGGCACAGGUCAAGAAGGAUGCAAAAACUGGCCAAAGCAAAGGUUUCGGCUUCAUCCGUUUUGCCAAUUACGAUUCUCAAGUCCGCGUUCUUUCUCAGCGGCACCUUAUUGACGGUCGGUGGUGUGACGUAAAAAUUCCCAACUCGAAAGCGGGAGGCACCCCACAAGUACCGUGUAAAGUAUUCGUUGGCCGCUGCACUGAAGAUAUCACCGCAGAUGAUCUACGCGAUUAUUUUUGCAAGUUCGGAGAAGUGACAGACGUAUUUAUCCCGAAACCGUUCCGGGCAUUUUCGUUUGUCACCUUCUUGGAUCCCGAAGUUGCCCAGUCGCUGUGCGGGGAGGAUCAUAUCAUCAAAGCAGGUACGUCGGUGCACGUAAGCAACGCCGCACCCAAGACGGACAUUUCUUCGCGCUAUACCACUUACCAGCAGCCUCCUGCCCAUCACCACCAUCAUGCCCAUCAACAGCAGCAACAGCAGCAUCACCAUCAUCAGCAACAACAGCACCACCAUCACGCCCAGCAGCAGCAACAACAGCACCACCAUCAUCAUCACCACCACGCCCAGCAGCAGCAACAACAGCAACAGCAGCAGUAUGGUCACCAGCAACAUCACACUCCACCGCAUAGUCACGGAAUGGGCCCACCAGGUCCGUCUCGAGGACCGCCCGCCAUUCCCUACACCGGAGUACUCCGCGGCCCAGGUCUCGGAGGAGAUGGCAUGACUUCUAAAGGUGGCCCAUGGGGUGCAGCAGGAGGUCCGGGUGGAGCAUCGGCCGGAGCGACGGCCAAUCCGUACCACCACCAGGGACCAAAUCCGUUUCAUCAAGGUGCAGCACCCGGUACUAACUCGGACUGGUGGCAUUCGAGUGGAGGUGGACCGUCUCCAUACCAACCGUCGUCGGUGGGAGGGGCGUGGUCGGGUCAACCGCCUCCGCAUCAACACAGCAAUCGUCCACACACGGACCUGCCUAAUUUAGCCGCACUGGGGUCGUCUUUAGGUCUGACGGCAGCCACGGCGGGCAGUCCGGCUCCACCAGGUGCUGCCCAAUUGACGAGCAUGGGAGCCCUUAACUUGGGAGCCCUUCCAGUUGGAUCAGCUUUAGUAGCGGCUGCUUUGAACCAGGCCGGAUGGGGUGGAUUGUUCAGUAGCUUGCAAGGACCGCAAGCUCCGCCUCCGCAACAACAACAGCAACAACAGCAGCCGCAAGAUGGAUCUGGAGGUCCCGGUAGUUACCCGACAGCGGCCCAACAGCAUCAACAACAUCAAGCCAUGGCUUCGGUGGGCAUGCCGUUACCAGCUCCAAACAACGGACCUGGCGGAGGAGCUUCGGGACUUUUAGGUUGGGGGGAAAGUCCCGGACCGGUGACAGUGGCAACGGCAAGUGGCGUGCAGCAACAACAACAGCAGCCCCAACAGACGGGCACUCCCCAAUCGCAACAACAACAGCAGCAACAGCAACAGGCUCCAUGGGGCCAAAGGCAACAGCAGGAAGACCCCGGUCCUAAAGGACCUCCCUACACCAUGAAAUACAAUUAGUCGUAUCAGUCACACCGGGUCGGAAAGGAAAACCAAAAGAAAAACAGUGCGAAUAAAAAAAAGGAAAUUCUAAUGGCUGAAAAUGAUGCGCGCCAAAAAUGUGAUCGUCAAAUCUGAUUGUGCGAGAUAAGUAAGAGAGAUGAUGUACGUGUCAUGGCCGCCCGAAUUUUGCGAAUGGGCUGAUUGAUGAAAAAUCGAGACUGACUGAAGAAGCGUUUGAUUGGUUGAUUGAUUGUGGUCGUAUCAUGUGUGAAUUUUUCACUCUUCUUUUUUUUAAUGAUAGUAAGAAGAUUUUUUUUUUUUUUUACAAGUAACGAGUUGUUGUGUGUCCUUUGUUUACAACUUUCCUCCCCCUACACCUUCCGCCAUCUUUUUUUGUGUGUGCGUAUGUCCCCCUGCGUCAAUGUGUGGUCCAUCCACCUCCGUGUUUGACUCUUAACCUUAGAAAUUGGAUCCACGAAAAGUAUAAGAGGAUAAAAAAACAAAAACAAACAAGGAGAUAUUAUUUAGCCAGGUGUGUCUGUGUGUGUGUGUGUAUUCUCUUUUGGUUAGGUGUAUUUGUUUUUCAUCAACGCGUUUGCUUGGGUAAAUUUUUAAUUGUUUCAUUUUUUUUUAUCAACAUAAAAUCAACAAAAAAAAAAAGAACGUUUGUAUUUUUCGUUUCGGCUUUGGGUUCCAGUGUUUCUUCGUGGGGAAGCUCUUCUGUCUAGGUGGUUCAGUCUCAAGGAAUCCCUCGUGCUCCUGGCAUCCUGGAAGGAACAGUUUUUUCGGCUGUCGGUCGGAGUUUUCAUUUGACUUGAGUUCAGUCUAUCCAUUGGGCCCCACUUAGAAAUUAGACAACAUUUCGGGGAAAGAAUUAUUAGAUUCGUUUGUGACGUGUGUACUUGUGUAGGAAAAUGCGAACCUAAUAGGCUACACCACAAUUUCUUGUGCUUACAGGUGCAUAGCUUAGGAGAGAGAGAGAUUUAUUUAUUCUGCGCAAAUAACGAACGAAAGAUUGAAAAGAAAAACCAUUUUAAGAGCAUUUAUUUAAAAAGUGUAAAGAGCAACUAGAGAAAGGAAUGAAAAGAACCGAAUGAUUGUUGCGAUGUUUUUUUUCUUACCGAAAUUGUGGCCAAGUUUCGAAUGGGUCGCAAAAGGUAAACUCAAAACAUUUCUACGUUUGUCGCCGUGUGUUUGAAUCAAGUCGUCGAUUUUCGCCCAGAAUGUCAUUAAAAUUCUCUUUAUUUUUUAUUCGUCACGUGUGUUGUGUGUGUGUGUGUUUAUUUUCUUCUCCCUCCCCGUUUCUUUUGCUGUGGCUCCCCUUUUAAUAACCAAUCGUUUUGAUGAUUGGUUAGUUUCUGUCUCCAACGUAACUGCAGUGUGUGUGUGUCUGUGUUAUCCAUUCAUGAUUGUGUGUAAAAAAAAAAAACCCGCCACACCAAGACUUUUUUUUUUUUUUUUAAUUUGAGAAUUUGGAAGGUGGAAGAUUGUCAGCACAGAAAAGUUAAACAGCUAUGACACCACCACCACAUUAAAAACUUCUCUUUCGUGUCACUAUGUAUAUCUAUAUAUUGCAAUACACACCAUUUCGUCACACGUCGAA